AUGAACAACGAGAAUCCCGACGCGAUAUUCCUGCCACAAGAUUUUGAUCCCGACUUCGACCGAGCAUCGCGAUCAGGUAGCAUUUGUUCCAGGAUCUUCGGCAACCUUGUUGGCGCUCAGGAGUGGACCUGGAAGUUCGAGAGACUUCAGAGAAUGGCUCUCAACAUGAAAGGUCGAGGCAAGGAUCCAAAGGAGCAUAUCGCCUUCAAUUGGAACCAAGAUGGCAUCACUGACGGAUUUGCAGUAACCGGAAAGACCACUGUAGCUCGAAAAGUGGCAGAAUUUUACUACGAAAUCGGCAUCUUUUCAACGAAAGAGUACGUCGAGUGCUCCGCGUCCGAUCUCAUCGCCCAAUACGUCGGCCAGAGCGGCCCCAAAACGAAAGAAGUGCUCACCAAAGCGCUUGGAAAGGUCCUUUUCGUUGACGAAGCAUAUCGUCUGUCUGACGGCCCUUUCGGCAAGGAAGCUGUCGACGAAUUGGUCGACUGUGUAACGAAACCCCAGUUCAAAGGGAAAGUCGUCGUCAUCCUCGCCGGGUAUUCGAAUGAUAUCGACCGACUGCUCAACAGCUACUGGAGAAAGAACUCGACAGGCUCGGAGUUUACAUUAGCUUUCGAGCGAGCCGAGGAUUCGUUCGAGCCGCUGGUGGCAACAGAAGUCGACAUGCUGAAAGAGCUUUCUGAUCUGCUUACAAUACGGAAACACCGUGAAGCCAACAAGGCGACAUGUGACCCAAGUCCGGUCUUCCAGAUGCAAGACGACCAUUUCGCCUCCAGGCCCAGCUUUUCACACAAUAUCAAUGUGUCAGAACACGCUGCGAUAUCAGAAAACGUCAUCAGUGCCGAUCAUGCGGGCCCGACAGAAGAGUCUGAGACGCCCAACACCAACAAUCGCGACUCAGGUGUAUCAGAUGCGACGCGGACACAGCUUCAAAGGGACAUAGAAACGCAAUCUGCCGCUGAAGCCGCCUUUCAAGCAACGGUCUUUGACCAUGAACGCCUCAUCAUGGAACUCGAGACCUCGUCAAAUGAGCGUUCGUCGAGGAUUGCAGAGCUUGAAUAG